AUGGCAUCAGCAUUUGAUCUAACGGGAAAGACAGCUGUGGUGACCGGGGCCACCAGGGGAAUCGGACAGGCAAUGGCAAUUGCCCUGGCCGAAGCGGGAGCAGAUAUCGUCGUUGUCAAAGGCUCCUCUCCCGACAUGCCUACCAUUGAAGCCGUCCGAAAACUUGGAAGAAAGUGCACAAGCUACACGUGCAAUUUCGGGGACAAAUCAUCAGUGGCGCAGCUCAUCCCGCGUGUUACCACUGACCAUAAGAUCGAUAUCCUUGUUAAUGCGGCUGGUAUUUUGAAACGCCAUGACUCUGAUACGUUCCCGCAAGACGUAUUUGAUGAGAUUAUACAAGUUAAUUUGAGUGCCACGUUUGCGCUCUGUAGGGAUAUUGGCAAAUAUUGGAUCGAGAAUGGAAUAAAGGGAAAGAUAAUCAACGUCGCAAGUCUUAUGACAUUCUUUGGAGGUGUGAGGAUUCCUGCGUAUUCGGCAAGUAAGGGGGGUGUAGGACAGUUGACAAAGGCCCUGAGCAACGAGUGGGCGAGCAAGGGGAUUUGUGUUAAUGCGAUUGCGCCGGGAUACAUUGCCACGGAUCUGAACCGGGAUUUGCAUGGGAACCCGGAUUCCCCGAUGUAUAAGAGUAUCAUUGAACGGAUUCCCGCUAAACGAUGGGGAGAUCCAGAGGACUUGAAAGGGCCAGUGGUAUUUCUGGCGAGUAAAGCAAGCGAUUAUGUUACUGGAGAGGUUUUAACGGUUGAUGGUGGAUUUUGCGGCCGGUAGCGAUUGGCUUUUCCGCAUUUUGAAGUUCCACCAUUGUUUUCUUUAUAGUACGAGAUUUUAUAGAACCGCUUUUUUAAUCCAAAGAUUCGAAGCACGUAUCCGAAACCCUGCACAAUCGGCAUCGGAGGGCUCUGCGUUUGAGCGGAAUCAAUAAACGGGGUCCGGGUCAACCAAGCAGUGAAAUAUGUAUAAAGAUACAGUUAACCACCCUCAUGGAGACACCAGGGCCAGAUUGGCAACAUGUUCAGCGCCUGCAAUUGUGCUGUGUUAUGCAAAGACAUAUAAAUGUGUGGCACGUACUGUACCAACAGUUCUAGUAGGAGGCCUAUAGCCAAGAGAUGUUAGCAAACAAGCUGCACAUUUCCAUUCAA